UCGCAUAUGUGAUUGAGGAACAAGCCAAUGCUGUAGUGAUUACAGUUGAAGUAGAAGACUUGGAUGCUCCACCUUUCAAUGUUGUUACUCUUAGUCUGCCGGAUGAUGCUGGUGGUCUCUUCGCAAUAAACUCUUCCACAGGCACUAUACGCACUACUGAAGCACUUGAUAGAGAAGAGGAAAUGUUCUACAAUGUAACAGUUACGGUAUCUGAUGGAUUCUUCAGUUCAACCCAGAGAAUGACAAUCAUUCUCAUUGAUAUAAAUGACAACCUACCCAUCUACCAGGGAAGUGACACUUACUAUUUCAUGGAGGAGAUCCUAUUUACACUUGUGUUGGUCUAUAAUGACGAAGAUUCAAUGAACAACUCGUUGCAUUCAUUCAGUGUCACCCACUCUAAUUUCUCAAUUGAUUCCAUGGGAAAUCUCUCUAACCUAGUACCCCUGGACAGAGAUCCUGCCACUGGUGGCCAGCCCAUUAUUAGCCUCACCAUAAGAGUCACAGAUGGUAGUAACUCAGUAGAGACACACAUUACUAUUCGUUUGUUUGACAUUAAUGACAAUGCACCAGUGCCUCAAGCUCCAUUCCGCGCAGACAUUUUCGAUGGUACUGAGGCUGGUACAACUGUCCUCACAGUAACUGCUACCGAUGCUGACAGUGGAGACAAUGCGGAACUCAGGUAUACCAUUGAUGGUACGUCAUCUUUCUUUGAUAUCGACGCAAACUCUGGAAAUGUGACGGCUAUUCGGAACAUAACUCUGUCCUCGGACAUGUCACAAGAACUGAUACUGACUGUAGCAAUCAGAGACAAUGGAGUAAACCAACAGACCACCUAUCAGAAUUAUACAUUCACCAUCGUAAAUGUAGUGCCACGGUUCCUGCAGGACUUGUACGAAUUCAACAUCAAUGAAAACGACCUUGGCGGAGUGAUCGACACCAUUACUGCCAUGGACAGGGACACAAACACCGCAAACGAUGUAUUUGUGUACAUGAUACUGAGUGUUACUCCUUACGACAGUGGCUUUAGAAUCGAGAGCGAGGGAGCAUCAGGUACUCUAUAUAGUCCAAGAAAUUACUUUGAUUUUGAAGACUCUGUACAAUUUGAAUUGAGGAUUGCAGUGAGCAGAGAAAACCUGACCAUCAUUGACGACGAGACGAUUGUAAGGGUCAUUGUGGACGAUAGAAAUGACAAUCCACCGCGACUCUCUCCACUCAAUGUUAAAGCAGAGGUCCCUGAGGAUAUAGCCAUUGGAGAAACUGUCCUAACUGCUGUUGGAAUUGACUUUGACAGAGGCAGCAAUGGCAUUCUCUCAUACAACCAUUCAGGUGCUGGGGAGGAAGCAUUUGAGUUCGAUUCAAAUGGAAAUCUGAAAGUGGUAGACGUUGAGAUUAUCGAUUACGAACUGGUGAGUUCGUUUAUGUUUCGGUACCAAGCGUGUGAUUCGGGAAACCCACAACUGUGCAGUGAAUCGGGGAUAAUAAACAUUACCAUCACAAAUGUGGACGAUAUCCCUCCAGUCUUCAAUCCUAACACUUACUCCAUAACCAUUUCAGAGGAUUUUGAACAGAACAGGGAAGUCCUGAGCGUUGAUUACGGCGAUGAGGACACUCCUUUGACCAAUGUCAUUCUGUCUCUCUCUCCACCUCAAACCCUCUUCGAGAUAGCGCAGGUCUCUGGGACGCUGAUGACUACAAACAUACCCCUCGAUCGUGAAACGACAGCGGUCCAUGUGUUCUACGUGGUGGCUAAUGACUCAUCCAGUCAGUCAUCGAGUGCACUGGUCACCAUCACACUAAGUGAUGUGAAUGAUGUAAGACCUUAUGUUGAGCCUCUGGAAUCCACUGCCAGCUUCACAGAAGGUGCUGGCCCAGCUCUCAUUGCCCCCACCCUCUCCGUUGUCGAUCAUGAUGAUGUCAGCAUUUAUCCCUUGAGAAGUAUAGAUAUAUCCCUCCAUCCAUCUCUGCAAUCUACAGAGAGCUACCCUCUGACUGGUGGUAUAUGUGACCAUGCAAACUAUUCCUUGUUCUAUGAUGAGAAUGUGUACACAAUGUGUGGUUUCGCGGAGGAACCUUGCCUUUAUCUACUUGAUCCUGAACGUGUUGUAGUGAGUACAGGAGGUGCACUGACAGAUAAAAUACUUACCACAGGAUCGUCGCAAGGUUUUGCAGGAAACACUCGUCUUUUCUCCGGUGCAGACUUUGACACAUUCAGUGUCAGUUUGUGGCUACGCCUUGAUAGUCCAACAGCGUCAGGAUCCAUCCUUGAGCUCCGAACUACCCAAGAUAUCGAGCUGAAUCUCCAGGUCGAUGCCGUCGCAGAAGGAACUGGAACACUUACACUUUUAUCUCGUACCCAAACCCUCCUAACCACUGGUCCACUUGAUACACAUGACACCGCGUGGCACCAUAUCACACUAGUUAGAGAUGAAGAAUACUUCACCAUCUACUUUGAUGGAAUUGAAGAAGCUCAUGACAAUACUAGUCGCCAGUUUGAUGACUCAUUUUCGGCAACAACCAGUUUCUUGUUUGGAACGGGGCUAGAGACAGAAUAUCUGUCAGAGGUCUACUUGUGUUUCUCAAAUAUCAGUAAGAAUGAUGUGCAGUGUGCUCUAACAUGUGGAGAGUCAUUUGAAAUGCAGGGUGAUACAAUUGAUGUUGCUGCAAGCAUCGAUCUUCGAGCACGGUCGAUCAACUUAGAAUACACUGGCAGCAACAACGCCAAUUCACUCACACAGCUCCAAGAAGCAUUACAAAAAGUUCUCUUUAGAUAUGACACGAAUAUAGAAGAGCCAAACCCUCUCCAGAGAGGCAUAUUUGUCAGAGUGUUAGAUAUAGUAGGAACAUCAGAUGAAAGAGGAGUUAUCACUUUAGUGGCAGAUCUCGUCAAUGACCAGAAACCAGUUCUAGACCUGAACGGGUUCUCUGAAGAUGGAAUAGACUACGCAACUACUUUCGAGGAGCUUUCAGAUGGAGUUGAAAUCAUUGGCAGCGAUGCAGUUCUCUAUGAUGAAGACAGCGGCCUCUCUACAGUAGGGAGAAUAGUGAUUGAAAUACUGUUACCCAGAACUACCGAGGAAAUAUUUGCCACAGGCACUGUGGAGGGUCUUAGAAUCACACAGGAAAGCAGUUCUCGGAUUGUGAUUGAUUCAUCGACUUCAGUUGAGCACUACCCGGGCCAAUACCUUGAUGCCCUACGAAGUCUGAGGUAUCGCAAUCUGCAAGAUGAGCCGGUCCAAACAAGCAGAGAGAUCCAAUUCACUGUGUAUGAUAUGGGCCUUACAUUUGUCAAUGUCCCAUUAGCGACUACACAUGUGACGGUGGUGCCAACAAAUGACAGACCAGUGCUAGAUCUUGACUCCUUCUCUUCCUCCACAAGGAACACGUCUCUUGCCUUCUAUGAAGAAGAAGGACAAGUCAGGCUGCUCACUGGAACCGCACAGAGCAUCAUUGACCCUGACAGUGUACAAGUGAUUCAAGCCGUUGUGAAAUUCACACUCAGACCUGAUGGCGAGAGUGAAACACUGCAGUUGGACUCUUCAGGGCUCAGUACUAUGGUGUCUGCAAUAUUUGAGUCUGACAGUGGGACACUCACACUGGACGGGGCUUACUCUUUCAAUGAGUGGCUUGAACUACUCAGAAGAGUCGAAUAUGUGAAUACGUAUGGGGACCCUGACGAGAAUAUAGUCAGACAAGUGUCCAUGCAGGUUGUAGACGAUGGAGGGGCUAUCAGUGAACCGGCUUACAUCAUUAUCUCAGUCGUUCCCUUCAACAAUCCACCAGUUAUAUACCUCGGUGGUCCCAAGGUCCAGAAUUUCCACACGGUCUUUGUCGAAGACGGUCCGUGUAUUUCCAUUGCAAACCUCACCAUGGAAAUAGUUGAUGUCGAUUCAGACACAAUUGAGUUUUCUAGGACAACUCUACAAACUGUCAAUGCUGAUCUAACCUAUGAGACCAUAGAAACAACUAGUGGGGGUCCCAAUGGAAGAUACAUUGAAUCAAGUGAUAGUCGGUUUAUCUUUAUCACUCUACAAGAUCCAAGUCUAGAAAACUUUGCACUUGCCCUACCAACAAUCAUGUACUGUAACAGUGAAGAUGAACCAGACGAUGGAACAAGACAGAUUGAAGUGGCAGUCAGGGACACUGGCUCUAGCUUCCUCUCAGCUUAUUCUUACACUUUCAUUGACAUUCAACACGUCAAUGAUCAGCCGUCUCUGCAAGUAGAGUCUCUCAACAACAUUUCGAUCCGUGGAGUCCCAACUAUCAUUCUAGACAAAGACUCCAUUGUCUUGGAAGACUCAGAUGAUGAUAGGUUCCUAGUGCUCUAUAUUUUCAUCACAAACGCACAGGACGGUGUAGAGAGUGAAACAAUCAUCUUUGAUACCAGUCUCCCUGCCAACACGACCUCCCUCGGAUCACUCGUGACAGAUGAUGGGAUACUGAACAAUGUUACCUUCAGAGCCGGCGGAGCUGAUGCCAAUCAAGUCAUCGAGACUAUUUCCAACGUGAGGUACAGAAACACAGCUGCAAAUCUCACUGUAGAUCCUCCACGUAACAUCUGCCUUCAAGUUGCCGACCAAAGCCUCUACUUUAGCGAACUGGUCUGCGUGAGUGUAAUUCUCUCACCACCAAAUUUCUUCUCUCCGGUCAUUACCAGCUUCUUCUCGGAGUUCACACUUUCAGAGAGAAAUGAUUCUGUGCCAUUAGCUACGGUGGUGGCAGAAGACGAUGAUACGGAUCUUGCCGGACAGAUAGAGUUCUCGAUCCCCCAAGUAUUAUCAACUCCUCAGGGAGGUUCAGCCAAAGACACAACAUCCAGCAAUAUAUUUCGAGUUGAUCCAGCAUCUGGCGGUUUUAGUGCCCCUGAUGGCCUGGAUGCAGAGGCUUACAAACAGCACAUAGUAACUGUACGGGCCUCAGACAUGGGAAACCCAAUAAGGUUUGACGAAAUCGAAAUCCAAAUUACUGUCACCGACGAAAAUGACAAUGCACCAGUUUUUAGCGAUGGACCGUACACCCUACCUAGCGUCACAGAAGCUCAACUUAGCUUUGGAGUGGUUGGCAGUGUCACAGCAGAGGACGAUGACCUAACAUCACCCAACAACGAUAUUGUUUCCUAUUACUUAGUCACCCAGGACUCACGUUUCUCCAUUGACAACUCUGGGCAGAUAACCUAUACAGAGGAACUGGAUGCAGAUGUGGGGGAUCCCAAUAUAGUUCUGACUGUCAGUGCCACUGAUGGAGGGACUCCCUCCCUGACAGGAUACACAACAGUCAGUUUCACAAUCGGAGAAAUCAACGACUAUGAGGCAAGAGUGGAUCAAGUCUCGCCAGCCCUGUAUGUGGUGGAUGUCCCAGCACUUCCACAGUCAAUUGGUCCAGCCAUGAGAGUUGAUGACAUCGACCUCUCGGUCUCAACCAUCACUAGUGUCGUCGUGAAGCUCACACUCAACGAAGUCGACAGAGACCGAGGCUACUCCACCUGCCUAGCUAUCUGCCAGCCUGAAAGAAUCCAAGCUGCUGGUUUGACAACCUCAUUAGACCUGUUUGAGCUUCCAAGCCCUGGGGAUAUCUUCCUUACUGAUGAUGGUAAUACUAACAACCUCCAGUUCCUUGAGAUUAGUGACACUAUGUGUGACUCGGUCAGGAUGACUAGGGGAGAUGUGCGGGAAAGCGAUGGUUAUGGACAAAUUGCUCGAUCGGAACUUCCAAAUGACUUCCUUAGUGGUGAUUUCUCUGUAUCAUUUGUUGCUAAAGUUCAGAAUGAGGGUUUUGUUGUCAUUGUCCCAGAUCAAACUAACAGAUCUCUUGGACCUUCUGAUGUAAAUAGAGACUUUGGCAUUUGGUUGAGACGAAGAGACCUGCUCUUCUCUUAUGUGUACGGCCCUAACUCUGAACAAGAGACGAUUGAUUUAAAUCUUCCCGGUGGCGUUGAGUUUUUCGAUCCAGCAGUAUCACUAGAUGAAGCUGAGACACAACACUAUACCGUGGUAGUGAACUCUGCUACUUCAGAGUUAAAGGUUUACAUCAACUGUGAACUUCGGCUUAUUGGUAGUUUAAUGGGGCAAGUGGUCGUGCCCAAUCCUGAGAGUGAUGUGUUUAUUGGACAAUCAAGACCAUCUCCAGUUAAUGCUGGUCGACUUGGAGCAGAAAUUCAUGGCCUCUAUUACCACCCAACUGCACUGUCCAAAGAGCAAAUAGAAUCUUUCUGUAGCUGUGGUCUUGAAACACUGAUGCUCCCAAGCUCGAUCCCCAGCAGUAUCUCCGCUGACAGAACAAUUACUAGUACAGACGUCACUAUCUCUCUCUCCCCCACACAGUCAAACAUCCCAGAAGAUGACCUAGUGACCUUUCUACGUGGAAUAAGAUAUGAGAAUACGUUUAAUCCUCCGACAUUUGACCCGGUGCGUCCGUUAGAGUUCACUGUCGAGGAAGACAACAAUGAAGACACUGCAGUCACCACUGGCUCCAUUACGCUUGUUUCUAGUGACACAACUCUACCAGAAAUUGACCUGAAUGGGCCACUAGUAGGAGGCAUUGACUACAGUGUUGACUUUACUGAGAAUGGUGGAGCUAUCGCAGUUUCAAAUGAUGUCCGACUUACCCGAAUGGUUCCUAGUCCAGCAAUUGCAACAUUCGAUCUGAUAGAGAUCACCUUCAAUAAUGGGGUUGAUGCUGAUGAAUACCUCUCUGUGACCACCACCAAUCCCUUCAUCACUGUAAUAGGCAGUGGCACAACCUCCAUUACCAUUGAAGGUCCUGGAGAUUCGUCUGAUUUCUUGAAUGCACUGAAAACUGUAACCUAUCAGAACACAAACAACAGACCAACUACCAACUUUGAGCGUACCAUCGAAUUCACAGUGACUGAUACCAAAGGAGAUACUAACAAUCCUAUAGCCAUUGCCUCGGUCCGUGUAAUUGCAGUGAACGAUGCUCCUCAGCUCACUCUGUCGGGAAAUGGUGAUACAAUGCACAAUGUUGAGUACAAUGAGGGAUCACAAAAUGGAGUCAUACUGGCUCCAGAUAUAUCUACCGUUGAUGUUGAUAAUGAUGUGCUCCAGACUGCAAGAGUUGCUCUGACAAGCCCAAGGUUGACUAGUGAUAAACUCGUCAUUGACAAUAUUCCUUCAGGGCUUACUUCUGACUACGAUAAAUCUUCUGGGAUUUUGACGAUUACUGGACCAGCUUCCUCUAGUACAUUUGAAGAGGCACUUCGCAAUAUCACCUUUGAAUCAACUGACAGCCCAUUCCUCGAUAAUAGUGGCAACCCUAUCAGUCCAACCGAUCGUACGGUCACUUUCACUGUGAGUGAUGGGAUAGAUGACAGUGUCCCUGUCACUGUACACAUCGAGUUUCUGCCAGUAGACGACCCACCUAUCAUACUAGGUGUCCAGAUAUGAUGACAUUCACAGAGGGUGACCCCCCUAUCAACAUUGCUCCAAUGGUGAUCCUAAAAGACGAUGAUAAUGAUCACCUAAUGUCGCUUCAAGUUGAUCUGCUUGCCCCAUUGAGUGGUGACGUUCUUUCUGAUGGCACCACGUCGUCCAACCUGCUUCGGUUUGACCUGAGAACACUCAGCGAAUUUCAGAAUAUCCUGAGGACGAUCACCUAUGUCAGUACAGCUGAUGAGCCCUCUCUCAACAACAGAACUAUCAAUGUUGAAGUCUGUGACUUCAACGCCUGCGACAGAGUUACUGUUAUCAUCAAUGUGGAAGAUUAUAACGAUAACACACCUGUAUUUGGGAGUGCAGCCUAUGAAUUUGAAGUAACUGAAGAUAUUGAGGUUGGAGCAACUAUUGGGACUAUUAUGGUGUCUGACAGAGAUGACAGAGACUCACACAGUACCAGAUUCCUGUACCGAACAGAGCCCACCGUACUUCCAUUCCGAUUCGAAAGGAUUGGAACAGCUGAAGAUAGACUCGAAAUCAUUGUUGACGAAGAGCUAGAUGCCGAAAUUGAAACUCUACACGGGUUCAGGAUUUUUGCAAGUGAUGAAGUGAACGAAGGAAGCACAAACAUCACUGUAAACGUGCAAAACAUUAACGAGGCUCCCACUAUAUCCCUUGAGACAUCUGCCACUAUAGUUGGCAGUCCUAACAGCGAAACACAGUUGCUACAAGUGGGAUUUUCCAUCACUGACCAAGACCUAGGUGACUCUGUCCUGCAAGCACAGCUAAUAGUACGAAACAUACCUUUUGGAUCAGCAGAGACAUUGGUAUAUUUUCCAGAUGCUGAUAACGUCACAUUCACUGGAACAGCAAACGAAUAUCUCCUUGAGCUGACAAGCGAUGCAAAUGUUACCCUGGAAGACGCACUGCGGGAUAUCUAUUACGAAGCUGGCUCAGAAGUCAUGGAGACAACACUGUUUCGCUCGGUUGACAUUACAGUGUUUGAUGCAGGUGGACUGGAGAGUGAACCUGUCGAAGUAACAGUGUCCCUGGCAAGCAUCCCUCUCUUUACAUCGUCAAUAUACAGCCUCUCCCUAACGGAAGGAAUACUACACACAGACUUCUUCCAAGUGAUAGCCACUGUUGAGAGUGGAGGAGACACAAUAGAUUACGCCAUAGAGCAGAAUGUUGGUGUAGACAUAAAUCCAUCCACAGGGUAUCUUUCCCUGACACAGUUGUUGGAUAGAGAAGCUGGCACAACUAAGUCAUUUAACGUGUUUGCGGUAGACAACCUUCCACCAGCACGGACAGGAACAGCUACUGUAACUAUCACAAUUCUAGAUGCCAACGACGUACGACCAAAUGUCACCAUCAACCAGCCCACUAUCACCAUCUUCACUGGAGUACCGGUACUACUAUUGCCCAAUGUAACUGUAUCUGACCCUGACAUAUUGAGCAAUAUACUCCAAGCAACUAUUACGGUGGUUGGUCAAACCGAGCUAACUACUUCUCCAUUCACCGGAGAAGUAUGUGUCGAUAACCACCAGAUUCUACAGAAAAUGGAAGAGACUUGUGGUCUCGAAAACUACACUGAUGCUCUCUCCAGUCGGGAGGGAACUGGUGCUGGAGCAACUCUAGCACUGGACGAUAAUAACAAUGUCUAUCUCAACAACACAGGCAGCGGCUACGUCAAUAUCACUGCCACAGAUUUUAGUUUCCUGACGGGAAACAUUUCAGAAUUGACAACUGCCUUCUGGUUCAGACCAGAGACAUCAGGCUACGUCCUGUAUGCAGGGCGCAAAGACCCAAUUGAAAGGUACUAUGCCAUAUACUUUGACAAGGACCAGAACCAGAUUAUCGUGACUUUCAAGAGGGCCGGAGUAACUGGUCUCGAGGCCCAAGUCAGAGUUAUAUUCCAAGUUUUGUCUCCUCUGUGCGAUGAAAACUGGCAUUUUGUGAUGAUACAGUACAACAAUCGCGAGUUGGUGUGUGCGGUCGAUGCUGCUCUUGUUGGAAGUCAAGCUGUGGUCUUCAAAGAGCAACCGUACAUUGGGGAAGUUUAUGGUUUACCACUGUCAGAAGAUAUUGAAGGACCAAGCACAAUUGACGGUGUGGAUUUCAUCGUUGGUGCCCGUCCAAUUGAAACAGGGGUAGACUCCAAUUUCAUUGGUCUUCUGACGGGCUUAGUGGUCAUGCCACAAAUAGCUCCCUCUGGGUUUUCAGCCUGCGUUGUUCAAUGUCUCGAGUCAAUGACAGCCGACACAACUGGAACAGGAAUCGUUGCAAGCCCUUUCGACCACGAGCAAAGACAGCUAAUACUGUAUGGACCUGCCUCCCCUGAAACAUUCCAGGCUGUGCUACGGACGAUUACAUACACAAACUUGGCUGUCGACAUCAAUGUUGAAAGGAUUGAUGUGGAUGUUCACGAUGGAAUUGCCAGUACUCUUGAGAGUGUCACAGUCGUGCAUGGAAUGAGGCGCAGAAAGAGAGACACUGACACAAUGGCCGAGGAACCAGUGCAGAAAAACUUGCACAAACGCAACAUCGUUUCCACUGGCAAGACAAGUGAAGGAAAAGAUACGUCGCACAGCUCUCACUGGCCAACAGGAGUGAUAGCACUGAGCUCCAUCGGAGUAUUGAUAGCAGUUUUAGUCGUUUGGGGAAUGAAACCCAAACAAAUGGCAAAAAUCUUGGCUUAAGGAUAAAAUAAGACGUUAACUAUUAGCUUUUGCAUUAAUUAACUGAUGGACACCUGUAAAAAGAAUAAUGUAGUUUUG